AUGCGUUUCCAUACAUAUUUAUUGUUGCCGAUGGUAGCUUCAGUGGCUGCCGUCGUUGGUGCCGCAACUACCACAGCCACCUCCAUGCCAUCUGUUACAUUGGAUUAUUCGACCAUUAUUGCCACUGCCGAGACAAUUGUGAGCAAUGGUACUCUAGCUGCAGCAGAUGUCGAUUGCGCAACCCACGAGGACUGUUUGUACCUAGAUGUCUGGGCACCUGCGAACAGUGUCAACAAGAGUCUACCUGUAGUUGUUUGGAGUCGUGGUAGAUUUAUCUUCGGAAGUAAAACUGCAGUCACUCCCAAAGCUCUCUUCUCUCUGAGCAAGGAAUUCAUCUUCGUUGCUUAUAAUUAUAGACUUGGUAUGACAGGUCUUGCUAAUGGGCCAACCCUCAAUCACGAAGGUGGCACCUCAAAUGCAGUAGUUUGGGAUUCUGCACAUGCUUUUGAUUGGGUCAAAAAGUAUAUCAGCUAUUGGGGUGGUAAUCCAAAAGAAAUAGUAGCAGUUGGAUUUUCUGCUGGCGCUUCACAGGAUCUUUUCCAGAUUACGAAAUUUGCUGGUCGUGCCGAGCAGACUUUUGCUCGUGCCUACCUCAUGUCACCAGGAUACGUACCCGGAGCUGGUCAUCAACAAUCCGAGAUAUUCUGGCAGAAUGUAUCCUCGGCGGUUGGAUGCACUGGGGGUAGCUUGACAUGUAUGCGCUCUGUCGAAUUUGAUACCCUUUCCACCGCUGCUACUAACAUGGUAUCCAACUACACAUACCGAUUCCAACCUCGCGUAGACGGUGACUUUAUUGCCGAUACGUACGAAGCGCAGCUUUAUCUAAAACGAUUCAACUUUACUGGCCCCCUUGUCAUAACUCACGAACUCCACAAAAUCAACAACGUGUUACCUAGCGGCGUAAAUACCAGCUCGGAUAUUGCCCCCAACCUCCAACUCUAUUUUCCCUCCAUCACCGAUGAUAUCAUCGAUGAAAUACAAGACCUAUACCCUUCAACCGACUACACAAGCGAAGGACUCCGUUUUGCCGACAUUGAUCAAGAUUUCGAACUCGUCGCUCACAACUACGCCCUAACCGAAGCCCUCAACAACCAAACCUGGAACGCCAUGGUAGCUCUCGGUGUAGCCACUCACGGCAUGGAUCAAAACUAUUACUGGUACAGCAAUUUUACUCUUGUGGAAACAAAUACCACUACGACUACUACAACUACUGCGGCAAGUGCAGGCAUUGUUACAACGACAGAUAUUGAUCACGAUGUUGCGCUCCAGAUGCAGAAGUAUUUGGUGUCUUUUAUCGUGACUGGGGAUCCAAAUACAAUGUGGCCGGAUGAUAACUUGUAUUGGCCGUUACGGGGAGGAAACUCUUGUUCAAGAUGA